UCUUGCACUCUUUGUGCUAUCAUUUGCAUGUCCUGUACCCUCCCAGAGAACCUGCAAUUUAAACUGGUGUGUCAGUGCUGAGACAGGGAGAGCCCAGUGCAAGUGUGUGUGUGUGUGGGGAGAAGAUGCAAAGACCUCUCUGAACGUUUCCAUUUACCAAGACUUAUUGAGAAGAAAGAGAAGGAGCAACCUGUCUGCAUGUGAAAUGUGAUAUUCUGCCUUUUGUAAAGUGUUCCUGGAAUCUCUCUGCAUUCUCUUCAGGAAACCUACAGUGAUAGAAGGAGUCCAAGAUAGAGAAGAAGACAAUGCCAGGGUUAAACACCACUGCCGCCAGUUCCUUGCUGCUGACAUAUACCAAUACUCAUACACCAAUGUCAAUGAACUCCACGGCAAUAAAGUCUUUUGAUGAAAUGGAAGUGGUGUAUAUCCUUCUACUGCUGGGAUUCUUCGGCUUUUUUACUUUUGGGAUAAUGUUCAGUUACAUCCGCUCAAAAAAACGAGAACACUCAGGAGAUCCUUAUAAUACGUACAUUGCUCAAGACUGUGAAAAAGCCAAGAAAGCGUCAGUGAUGAAGAGGCCAAAGCCAACUUGUUUUUUAGUAGAGAACAAGUUUGCAGUAGAACAGCCAACCCAAUAUAUCCCCUCUUCUCCCAGCAACUGAAUGAGAAGAAAGGGGUCAAGAGAUGGGUUGGAAAAGGGGUCGGACAUGGAAGGAUAAAGCUUCAUCAAAUAUCCCUUUGCCAUGACUGUAUCAAUGGGAAAUCAUUUCAAACAGUUAUAAUAUGCUUAAUAUGUCUUCAGUAGAAUGUGAAGGAGUGAAAUGCUUCAUUAGGAGUUUAUGCAAGGGGCUGUUUGUGCUGUACUGAGAACCCCCACUCAUUAACAUCAAAGAGAAAUGUAGCUGCCUCCAAAGGAAAAUAUUUGGUUUAAAAAGGAACAUAAUAUCUUACUGGAACUCUGAGGGACCUCGACAGCCCCCCUUUCAAAACUAAACAUACAAAUACAUACGAUGAGUUAAUCUGGGACUGCUGUACAUGGGAAACAGAUCAGCUGCUGGGGGCCAAGCUUGUAGGUCAGCUAGAAUUGUAUACUCUUGGUUCCCAGAAUAAGGGGGUCCCUUUAAGGAGAACUAAAGCUUAACUAAAGAAGUAGCUAGAAAUGUUGUACAAUAUGUUUUGUGCUUCUGCACCAGCCCAAGGCAACCACAGUCCUU